CAGACAGGUUGGGAUAUGCAGGGUCAACUUUCACAUUUGCCUUUCAUUGGCUCAUAAGCACUCUACAUAGCAAUACUACGUGGGAGAAGAAUCAACUGUAAGCUAAUGAGUGGUGUGUGAUGCCAAUUAUCCAGUCAUGCACUUGAGCUCCUGAGGUAAGACUGGAUACAUUUCCAGAGGAUAUGGUGCUUUCUUGAAGUCACUACUUGUGCUUCACUGUUUGAGGUAUGGGUGGCACAACAGUAAAUAGCACAAUCUAUACCACUGUCUGGACUGAUACUGAAAUGACAGUGCAACCAUUUCAAGUUUACACACAUUACUACCAGAGGCAGAUCAUUGCAGCUCUAUGUAUCACUGCGACUUGUCUAGGCAUCGUUGGCAACGGUCUGGUCAUCAUUGCUGUGGUAGUCUCCAAGAAACUCCGGACAAUCACCAAUGUCUUUGUGGUGAAUCUUAGCAUCAGUGACUUACUGGCAUGUAGCUUCCUACCAUGGCAGGCAGUGGCAGUAUUGAGUGAGGCAGGUUGGCCAUUGCAUGGGGCAGACUGGCUAUGCGUCAUUAGUGCUGCAUUCAUGUUUAUUAGUAAUGGCUGCAGCACCACUAAUCUAGCCCUGAUUGCACUCAAUAGAUGGAUUGGCAUCACUAAAUCAGUCAGUACAACCAGACGCAUCUACACCCGCUGCAGCAUUGCCGGCAUGGUACUAUUCUCAUGGAUAAUGCCCAUCUGUUUAACAGUGAUACCAACCACCAUUGGUUUUGGCCAGCUAGGGUAUGAACCCAAGUACAGCACUUGUAGUUGGCUCAAGGAUGUUCCUAUGUCAUACAUUAUGAAUAUCCUCAUACCUAUUUUUUAUUUCCCAAUCCAAUUCUUGGUGAUUUUACUGUGUUAUGUGUCUAUUUACCGAUAUGUUAUCAAGUCAUCCCGUAGAAUGACGAGGCAUGAUAUCAACAGCAUUUCUGGUGCUACUGGUUGUGUGGAUCGUGCUAUGCAGAAGAUGAUAUGGAAAAGACAGAUUGCCGUCACUAAGAACCUUCUUCACAUUGUCUUGGCCUUUGUUAUCUUUGUCACGCCAUCGUUCAUUGCAAUGAUUCCCCUUGGGUAUGACUGGAGCAUACGCAUGACACCCUAUGCUGCUGCAAUUGUCUUCUUCAGUAGUUGCAUCAAUCCCAUCAUAUAUGGCACAUCUCAUCCUGAUUUCAAGGAAACAUUUAGCCGUAUGAUAUUCUGUAAAAAAUGGAGGAAUACUACUCAAACUGCCAAUGUGUCACAACCAAUGACACAAAUGAUGACUUAAAUUUCUUUUAUUGAAAGCAAAUAUACUUGGACAAAACCUGAUCCUAGCACAUAACUAGUGUGUAAAUGACUUGUAAGUGAGUAUUUGCCAACAGGUUUUGCAUCAUGUCAGCUUUAACAUUAUGCUGUGAGUGAAGUGAGGCCAACUAGUUCUUCAACUCUCCACAGACUUCAAAAACGGGCUGGGAGUCCAGAAUGAGAUGAUUAGAAGCUGUUACGUUACAUUUUCAGGGCGUCGUCUAUCAACUCUGUGCUGUUAUUCUAUAAAGUCCAGGCAUUCAGGGUGGAUUUCUCUCACGCAAGAUACCUUGAAGCAUUGUUGUAGUCGAGUCACUCUAGUUGAGUCUGAGUCCAACUUUUAAGUCCGAGUCUCGAGUCUGAAUCCAAGUCACAAGGAACAAGUGCAUGGAUAUAAACACACCUACAUGUUCAUUUACAUAAUAAUAAUACAGAGUAUUUAUAUAGCGCUAUACCAAGAUCACAGUGCCUAACAUAAGGGGGAAAGCACAGAGGGGUCGGGACAACAGAGCAACUAACAAUAACAACAUUCGGG